UUAGAAGGACAAACGUGAAACCGUCAGAACAAUGUCAAGUGGUGAUCAUAAUCAUGUUUCUGCUCAUGACAAUGCUGUAUUGAACAGAAUAUUCAAUCCCAAUUUACCAUACGGCGAUGUUGUGGACGAAGAAGAAGUGGAGAAUGAAACUGAGGAAGAAACUGAUGAAAUUAAAGUCUCAAAGCAACUAGAAAUUGAAGGGGUCCAAGCAGCUGAGAGUGGGGACAUAGAGACAGCAUUAAAUUCAUUCUCCAGGGCCAUUCAAAACACCCCUCAAAGGGCCUCAGGUUAUAAUAAUCGUGCACAGGCUCUCCGGCUUAAGGGAGAUGUCCAGGGUGCUCUAGAGGAUUUGAACACUGCUAUAACACUAAGCUGUGGUGUUGGUUCCGUGGCCUGCCAGGCAUACACUCAGCGGGGCCUUAUCUACAAACUGGAAGGUGAGGAUGAGAAGUCUUUAGAAGACUUCAAGCAUGCAAGCAGAUUGGGUGGUCAGUUUGCCAAACAGCAAGUUGUUGCCAUGAAUCCAUAUGCAGCGCUGUGUAACCAGAUGCUCUGUGAAGUAAUGCAGAAAGUUCGUAAUGGAGAGGUUUAGCAUGGACAUCUUUCCAUAUCAAGAUUUUAUUUUAAGCGUCCUGAAUUAUUCAGUGUCAGAUCUGUUUUCAACAGUUGUUCACCAUUGUUCUCUGUCAUCUUUCAUGCAAAAACUUUUCAUAUUUCUAAACAUCUGAACUAAAACCAAAGCAACCAAAUCAUUACCACAAUGUAUCCUUGGAUGAUGGACAUAAAGACUAUGCCUCUUUCCAAAGGGGGAAAAUUUGUAUAUAUCAUGAUUAUGUACUGUAAAUUACUUUUUAUUCGCGAGAACUUUAUUUUCGCAUAAUUACGCGAGAUGGUAUGCUCGCGAAAAUUUCAUUCUCGCGUAUAAUAGAAUUCCUGAAGAUUAUGUAGAGCUAUGACCACAAUUCAUGAAAAAUUUGUCUCGUUAAUAAAGAGUCAUUGACAAUCUCGCGAAAAUAAGGUGUCGCGAAAAUUCAGUGAUCUACAGUAUUGUGUGUCAUUUUAAUCACCGAAGCAGAAUAGAUAUAAAUUUAUUAGCCUUCUCCUCUCUCCCUUUACUGAAAUUAUGACAUACACAAAUGUAAAAGGAGUCGAAGUUUUUACAUGAAUGUCUACAGGAAAAAUUCUUUAUUUUAUUUUCCUUUAGCGGACAUACAUACAAUGCUGUGAAUUGUUUUGUUAAUUUUAUAUACAGUCUUCACAUUGCAAUGUACAUUGAAGAAUGAAUGUAUUUUUUAAAUAAUUAUAUUUUAUGAUUAAAUUCAUACCCAUUUUUCCACAAAAAGCUACAUGUAUUGAAAAUAUUUUC